UCCGUACUCCGUACUUGUAACUCCGUAUUUUUUCCACUUCACGGCUCUUUGGGUCCUCCAAAUCCUGCUAUGCUCGACUAAGCGUCCAAUCUGUUCUGACCACUUUGCACCAUCUCCCUACAUCCAACAGAGGAAUAAUUAAAUCAACCAUGCCUAACAACAUUGUGGUCAUAGGGGCUGGGGUCUCAGGCCUGACGACUGCCUACCUGCUAUCGCAGGAUCCCGAAAAUCGAAUCACCGUGCUUGCGAAGCACAUGCCUGGGGACUAUGACAUUGAAUAUGCCUCCCCUUGGGCAGGAGCCAACUAUAUGCCGGUCGGUAAAGAGGGCAGCAACCACCACGCAUGGGAACGAGACACUUGGCCCGCACUGAAGGAGAUCACCGAGAAAUAUCCCGAGGCGGGCAUUCACUUCCUCGAUGCCCUCAUCUACAACAGAAAGAAAGACCAAGAAACAGCUACUGGCAAGUGGUUCUCGGAAUUGGUGCAGCCGAAUCCCUGGUACAAGGACGUGGUACCCGACUUCAGAAACCUCCCGGAGAGCGGACUGGCUCCUGACAUUGACAACGGCCAAGUCUUCACCUCUGUCUGCAUCAACACUGCCGUUUACCUCCCCUGGCUAGUCGGCCAGUGCAUCAAGAACGGCGCAGUUUUCAAGCGAGCUAUUUUCAAGCACAUCGCCGACGCCGCGGACGCACACCACUCCGGUCAAAAGGCUGAUGUUAUCGUGAACUGCACGGGUCUCUCUUCCAAGUUCCUGGGUGGAGUUCUCGAUGAGAAGCUUCUCCCCGCCCGAGGCCAGAUUGUGGUCGUUCGCAACGACCCGGGUCCUAUGAUUGGACUUUCUGGGACGGACGAUGGAGAAGAUGAGGCACUGUAUUUGAUGACACGUGCUGCAGGCGGUGGCACGAUCCUUGGAGGCUCUUACCAAAAGAACAACUGGGACCCUCUACCGGACCCAAACCUUGCUAAUCGAAUCAUGAAACGCGCAAUCGCUAUUGCGCCCCAGCUGGUCAAGGAGGGUCAAGGGAUCGAGGGCUUGGAUAUUGUUCGGCACGGCGUUGGUCUUCGACCGCUGCGAGAGGGUGGCCCUCGAGUUGAGAAGGAUGAGGUUGCCGGAGUCCAGAUCGUGCAUAACUAUGGUCAUGGCGGAUUCGGAUAUCAGGCCUCUUUUGGAUGUGCCGAAACUGCGGUUUCUUUGGUUAGGGAGGUGUUGCGGAACAAGACUCGGGCUAAGCUCUGAGCGACCUGAAGAGACAAUAUAUCUACAUCAUCAUGCGAACAAUGUCGGUCCAUAGAUAUCAACACUACAUGAGUAGUAUGCUACUGUUCGCAUACUGCUUAUGAACGAUGUCAAAGCCCAAGAUCAUUGGCUCACAGAUUCUGGGAAUAUGACGUCAAAAUGACCUCGGGCAUGUAUUAUGACUAGAUCAAUUUGCCCACUAGCCGCCUUAAUCAAACCAAAC